AUGAACGAGUUGAUCAGCGGACAACGGUUCUUAGGUGAAGUGGACGUCAACUCGUCUGAGAAAGCGGCCAAGAAUCGUAGUUUGGUUACUUCUUUCUUUCUUUCUUUCUUUCUUUCUUUCUUUCUUUCUUUACGUCUUCAGCUUCCCUCUCCCUUCUUCAUCAACUAUCAUCUUCCUUACCCAAUUUUUUUUUCUUUCUUGUGUUUCUUUCGUUCUUUCUUUCGUUCUUUCUCUCUUUCUUUCUUUCGUUCUAUCUUUCUUUCUUCAUUCUUUCUUUUUCUUCUAUCGUUCUUUCUUCAUUCCUCUUUUCUUUUUUUCCUCAUUAAACUCUUUAUUUCCUUUAUCUUUAUUCUUUACUCUCUUCUUUUUACUUUCGUUUUAGUUUCAUUCUCUACUUUUUUCUUUCUCUCUUUCCUUUUUUCUUUCUCUCUUUCCUUUUUCUUUCUUUCUUUCUUUCUUUCUUUCUUUCUUUCUUUCUUUCUUUGCAUUUAG